GAGGUUAGGGUUAGGAAAUGACGGUGUCACCUAAAAAGUUAUAUUUCAUAAGAAAAAAUGCCAGGCCCAUAUUGUGUCUUAUGCGGUAAACGUGAUAAAUCGGUAUCUUAUCAUGGAUUUCCGAGAAACGACGAAUCUCGUAAGAAGUGGCUGGAUUUUUGUGGCAUUGAUGAAAAUGUUUUAAGCACAGCUACUAAACUGUGUUCAAAUCAUUUUGAAGAAGACAAAUUAAUCCACAAAUCUAAGAAUACGUUUCUCAAGUCCAAUGCUCUGCCAACUAUUACGAGUAAAAAGAGGAAGAAACACCAAUGUUUAGAUAGCAGUCUGAACAAAUCAAAAAAUUCGAAAAAUAUCAGUGAGGAAAUAGUCAACAAUGGAACUGUCAAUGAUAACAUCAGUGAGGAAAUAGUCAGCAAUGGAACUAUCAAUGAUAAAAUUCAUCAUAAUAAUGGAACUGCCUUUAACAUGACUGUCAACGAUGGAAUUGUCAUUAAUGAUGGAGUUAUUACCAAUGGAACUGCCCAUAUAACUGUGGAUGAUAGAAUUAUUGAUGAAACUAUAGACAAUGAAAUUAUUGAUAUGACUGUGGACAAUGGAAUCGUCAGCAAUGGUGGAAUCAGUGAUGAAAUUGUUGACAAGACAAUCCAUUGUGUUAAUGACAUCAUCACCGAUGAAACUGUUCAUAUGGGAAUCCAUCAUGAUGAUGGAAUCAUUAUUAAUGAAACCGAGACACUAAAUUCUGAUACUUGCCUAACUAACGCCACAUCUUGCCACGCCAAGGAAAGCUCGAAGAGCUUUGGAAGUAGCGAAACGAACAAUCGAAAAACAGCGAAGGAAAAUCAAAACGUUGCAGCAAGCCAAAAUCAGAUUAGUUAG